CAGCUUAGACUGAGGCGACUGAGGUGGCGACGCAGGUGGCGAUGGGGAGCGGCGGCGUGAUCCACUGCAGGUGUGCCAAGUGUUUCUGCUAUCCUACAAAGCGAAGGAUAAGAAGAAGGCCCCGACACUUGACUAUCUUGAGUCUCCCAGAAGAUGUACUCUUUCAUAUCCUGAAAUGGCUUUCUGUUGGGGACAUCCUUGCUGUUCGAUCUGUACACUCCCAUCUGAAGUACCUGGUGGACAAUCAUGCCAGCGUGUGGGCAUGUGCCAGCUUUCAAGAGCUGUGGCCUUCUCCAAGGAACCUGAAGCUCUUUGAAAGGGCUGCCGAAAAAGGAAAUUUUGAAGCUGCUGUGAAGCUAGGCAUUGCCUACCUCUACAAUGAAGGCUUGUCUGUGUCUGAUGAGGCCCGUGCAGAAGUGAAUGGCCUGAAAGCCUCUCGCUACUUUAGUCUCGCUGAGCGACUGAACGUCAGUGCUGUGCCUUUCAUAUGGCUCUUCAUCCGGCCUCCAUGGUCAGUGUCUGGAAGCUGCUGCAAGGCCGUGGUUCACGAGAGCCUCAGGGUGGAGUGCCAGCUACAAAGAACUCACAGAGCUUCUAUACUGCACUGCCUGGGGAGAGUGCUGAGUCUCUUUGAGGAUGAAGAGAGAAAGAAGCAGGCCCGAGACCUGUUUGAAGAGUCUGCUAAUCAGGGAUGUUUGACCAGCUCGUACCUCCUCUGGGAAAGUGACAGACUGACGGAUAUGUCUGAUCCUGGACGAUGCCUCCACAACUUCCGGAAACUCAGGGACUAUGCUGCCAAAGGCUGCUGGGAAGCCCAGCUGUCUUUAGCCAAGGCCUGUGCAAAUGGAAACCAGCUUGGACUAGAAGUGAAAGCAUCCAAUGAGAUAGUCUGCCAGCUCUUUCAGGCCUCCCAUGCUGCUAAUAAGCAGGAGAUAUUUUCCGUGCAGAAGGGACUCAACGACACAAUGAGGUACAUUCUAAUCGACUGGCUGGUAGAAGUCGCCACCAUGAAGGACUUCACAAGCCUAUGCCUUCAUCUGACCGUGGAGUGUGUGGACCGAUACCUACGGAGGAGGCUGGUGCCCCGGUACAGGCUCCAGCUGCUGGGCAUCGCCUGUAUGGUCAUCUGCACCCGGUUCAUCAACAAAGAGAUCUUGACAAUCCGAGAAGCUGUGUGGCUCACAGACAACACGUACAAGUAUGAGGACCUGGUGAGGAUGAUGGGAGAGAUCAUUUCCGCCCUGGAAGGGAAGAUUCGAGUCCCUACUGUGGUUGAUUACAAGGACAUCCUGCUGACGCUGAUCCCUAUGGCACCAAGAACCCAGCACCUGUGCAGCUUCCUCUGCGAGCUCUCCCUACUGCACACCAGCCUUGCCGCCUACUCCCCAGCCCACUUGGCUGCGGCUGCCCUGCUGCUAGCAAGGCUGACACACGGGCAGACACAGCCCUGGACCACUCAGCUGUGGGACCUCACUGGGUUCUCCUGUGAAGACCUCAUACCCUGUGUCUUGAGCCUUCACCAGAAAUGCUUCCAUGAUGAUGUCCCCAAGGACUACAGACAAGUCUCUCUGACUGCUGUGAAACAGCGAUUUGAGGACAAACGCUAUGAAGAGAUCAGCCAGGAAGAGGUGCUGAGCUACAGCCAGGUGUGUGCUGCUCUAGGAGUGAAACAAGAGAGCCCAGAACCCACGUCUUUCCUCAGCUCAGGGGACAUUCACACCUUUCUUAGCUCUCCUUCUGCAAGGAAAACCAAAAGGAAGCGAGAAAAUAGCCUACAGGAGGACAGGGGCAGCUUUGUCACCACGCCCACUGCAGAGCUGUCCAGCCAAGAGGAGACACUACUGGGCAGCUUCCUGGACUGGAACCUGGAUUACUGCUCUGGCUAUGAGGGCGACCAGGAGAGCGAGGGCGAGAAGGAGGGCGAUGUGACGGCUCCCAGCGGUGUCCUUGAUGUCACUGUGGUGUACCUCAACCCAGAACAGCACUGCUGCCAGGAAUCUAGCGAUGAGGACGCCUGCCUGGAGGACGAGGGAUGCCAGGACCUGCAUGCUAUGGUGCCAAGCACCCGGACACCUCUGGCCCUAGGGCCCGAGCUCCCUCUCUGUGGCAGCAGGGAACUGGGCAAGGACAUUACAACCUCAGGGUACUCCUCCAUCAGCAGCGUGAGUCCCACAAACUCUGUGGAUGGUGGCCCUCCCCAAUCUACCUCAGCACCUUCCCCAGGCAGUGACUUGAACACACUGCCUUGCCAUCAUCAUGCCAGAAAGUCGUGUUUACAGUGCCGUCCCUCAAGUUCCCCAGAGAGCAAUGUUUCCCUGCAACAGGUGAAAAGGAAAAACCUAUCUGCCCCCAGCAAGGAGGAACAGGACAUGAACUUGGGCUUCCUGAAACUGUGACUGUGUCAGUGUAUGCAGCAGUGCAUGCGGAGAGAGAGCUGCUGCUGCACUAGCAAGAAGUGGGACCUCUGGAAGUGGAUGAUGUGUAGACCCUGGUGGCCUCAAAUGGGGAACAGAGAGAACUCAGGGAAGGCACUGAGUGUCUUUCACCAGGGGUGUCCCAUUUGAGUCAUCAGUAUGUCUAAAUCAGAACAAAAA